AUGCGCCUCGUACUAGCAUUCCUCUCGCUCCUCUCCUGUGCCGCCGCGCAGUUCGGCUUCUUCGACCAAAUGUUCGGCGGCGGCGGCGGGCAGCACGACGACGGCCACCCGCACCAGCAGCACCAGCACCGCCAGGCCAACAACCCGAGCGACGCAUCGCUGUACCGCGCGCACUACGACCAGUCAUCCUGCGACAACUACCUCUGCCCCGACACCCUCGCCUGCGUCCACUUCCCGCACCACUGUCCCUGCGCCUGGGACGCCCACGAGGACAAGUUCGAGCUCGCCGACGGCCGCCGCCUGUGCGUCUCCAAGGGCGGCUUCCGCCCCGGCGAGGCCGCCCGCAAGGUCGAGCUCGCGCGCAAGGGGCUGCUGUGA